AUGGGAGACACCAAGAUUAUCUACCACCUCGACGACCAAGAGACCCCGUAUCUGGUCAAAGUAUCGGUUCCUGCAGACAAAGUCACUCUCGCAGACUUCAAGAAUGUUUUGAAGAAACCAAAUUACAAGUUUUACUUCAAAUCUAUGGACGAUGACUUCGGGGUAGUUAAGGAAGAAAUUUCCGACGACAACGCAAGGCUGCCCUGUGUUAAUGGCCGUGUUGUGUCAUGGCUCGUGUCUGGAGAUGGCGCCCUCACAGAUGUAGGGUCUGUGGCUGACAGUACAGAGGGAGCACUUCCUCUGGAGAGGACAGGGGGCAUCGGUGACUCCAGGCCACCUUCAUACCAUGGGAAAGUGGUCAGUGGUCGGGACAGUCAGGACAACGACGCAGAGACUGGAUCUAUGAUCUCACAACGAAGGGAGAAGGAGAAGCCAAGGCGAAAACAUGCCAACGAACAUAGUGGGAGGCAGAAUGGCUGUUCUCACAGAGCAAUGGCACGCGGUGGACCAGGCUACGACAGCUGUUCAUCCUUUAUGAGCAGUGAGCUGGAGUCCACUUCCUGUUUUGAUUCAGAGGAUGAUGAUGCCACCAGCAGGUUUAGUAGCUCCACUGAGCAGAGCUCCUCUCGGUUGAUGAGACGUCACCGGCGCCGCAGGAGGAAACCAAAGGCCUCCAAUAUGGACAGGUCGUCUUCAUUCAGCAGCAUCACUGACUCCACUAUGUCCCUGAACAUCAUCACUGUCACCCUCAACAUGGAGAAAUACAACUUCUUGGGCAUCAGUAUCGUGGGACAGAGUAAUGAGCGUGGAGAUGGUGGUAUCUACAUUGGCUCCAUCAUGAAGGGAGGGGCCGUAGCUGCAGACGGACGCAUCGAGCCUGGAGACAUGCUGCUGCAGGUGAAUGAUAUCAACUUUGAGAACAUGAGCAACGAUGAUGCAGUGCGUGUACUGAGAGACAUAGUGCACAAGCCUGGUCCUAUUACGCUGACUGUGGCCAAAUGUUGGGACCCAAACCCCCGCAGCUGCUUUGCGCUCCCUAGGAGUGAGCCCAUUCGGCCAAUUGACCCUGCUGCCUGGGUAUCCCACACUGCAGCUAUGACUGGAGUGUAUCCUCCGUAUGGAAUGAGCCCUUCCAUGAGCACAGUCACGUCCACCAGCUCUUCUAUUAGCAGCUCCAUCCCCGAGACUGAACGGUUUGAUGACUUCCACCUCUCCAUUCAUAGUGAUAUGGGAACUGUUGCUAAGGCCAUGGCCUGCCCAGAGUCUGGUCUGGAGGUGCGGGAUAGGAUGUGGCUUAAGAUUACGAUUGCAAAUGCAUUCAUUGGCUCUGAUGUUGUGGACUGGCUCUUCCAUCAUGUAGAGGGUUUUUCAGACAGACGAGAAGCACGGAAAUAUGCCAGCAACCUUCUAAAGGCUGGUUAUAUUAGACACACUGUCAACAAGAUCACCUUCUCUGAACAAUGCUACUACAUUUUUGGAGACCUUUGUGGCAACAUGACUCACCUGACUCUCCAUGACAAUGAUGGUUCCAGUGGGGCAUCAGACCAGGACACUGUUCCACCUCUGCCCCAUCCUGGAGCAGCCCCGUGGCCCAUGCCUUACCAGUUUCCUCUUCCCCAUCCCUAUGAGCUUCAACAGCCCCUCCCUGGGCCUGGCGGUGGCAGUGUGGGAAGUCAUCACAGUGGGAGCAGCAGUUCGAACUGCAGCAAAAACGAUGGUCGUAAAUCUGGUGGCAGUGGCAGUGAGACUGAAGUCAGGAGUCGAGCUCCAAGUGAGCGCUCAGUGGCGCCACCCAGUGAGCGCAGUGUCCGGAGCUCUGCGUCACACCGUAGUGCAAACUCUCACUCAAAAGCCCAGGGGCCUAGCCUGGUCUAUGGCCCCCCUGGUCUUCCCCCACAGCCCCAACAGCUUUCCAUGUCUGCCCCAGCUGACGCGAUCAUCGGAGGAGCUGAGGAGACGGCACCAAAGCUCACCGAUCUCGACCACAGACUAUCCACGACCAAAGGAAGACCGGAGCUGUCGGGUCGGAGGAUCAAGCUCACAGCGGUGCGACGUGGAUCGACGAAAAAAGGCAGGGUUUGGAUUGACCAUGGCCACUUCGGUCUGAGAAACAGCCGCACAAUGAUUGGAGGACUGUUUAUCUACAACCACAAGGGGGAGGUCCUCAUCUCUCGAGUCUACAGAGAUGACAUUGGACGUAAUGCAGUGGAUGCGUUCCGUGUGAACGUGAUCCAUGCCAGGCAGCAGGUCCGAUCCCCAGUGACCAACAUUGCCCGUACAAGCUUCUUCCACGUCAAGCGCUCCAACAUCUGGUUGGCAGCUGUCACGAAGCAAAAUGUCAACGCUGCCAUGGUGUUUGAGUUCCUCUACAAGAUGUGUGACGUGAUGACUGCCUACUUUGGCAAAAUCAGCGAGGAGAACAUCAAGAACAACUUUGUGCUCAUCUAUGAGCUUCUGGAUGAAAUAUUGGACUUUGGCUACCCCCAGAACUCUGAAACCGGAGCGCUGAAGACCUUUAUUACCCAGCAGGGCAUAAAGGGACAGCAUCAGACAAAAGAGGAGCAGUCUCAGAUCACCAGCCAGGUAACGGGGCAGAUUGGCUGGCGACGCGAAGGCAUCAAGUAUCGCCGCAAUGAGCUUUUCCUGGAUGUGCUGGAGAGCGUUAAUCUGCUCAUGUCCCCUCAAGGUCAAGUCUUGAGUGCUCAUGUGUCGGGCAGAGUAGUGAUGAAGAGCUACCUGAGCGGGAUGCCGGAGUGCAAAUUCGGGAUGAACGAUAAGAUUGUCAUUGACAAGCAAGGCAAGGGUGGCGGUACUGAUGACGCAGGGAAAAGUGAUUUAGGGGGAGGAAGUGGGAAGCAGUCCAUAGCCAUCGACGACUGCACCUUCCACCAGUGCGUGCGCCUCAGUAAGUUCGACUCUGAACGCAGCAUCAGCUUCAUCCCCCCUGAUGGAGAAUAUGAGCUCAUGAGGUACCGAACCACAAAAGACAUCAUCCUGCCCUUCCGCGUCAUCCCCCUGGUUCGAGAGGUUGGCCGCACCAAAUUGGAAGUAAAAGUUGUCAUCAAGUCUAACUUUAAGCCCUCAUUGCUGGCUCAGAAAAUUGAGGUGCGUAUCCCAACACCACUCAAUACCAGUGGCGUGCAGGUGAUAUGUAUGAAGGGAAAAGCCAAGUACAAGGCCAGUGAGAACGCUAUUGUCUGGAAGAUCAAACGCAUGGCUGGGAUGAAGGAGUCUCAGAUCAGCGCUGAGAUUGAGCUGCUGCCAACCAACGAUAAGAAGAAAUGGGCUCGACCUCCAAUCUCUAUGAACUUUGAGGUUCCUUUUGCUCCCUCUGGGCUGAAGGUGCGUUACUUGAAGGUGUUUGAGUCCAAACUCAACUACAGUGACCAUGACGUCAUCAAAUGGGUGCGCUACAUCGGCCGCUCGGGCAUCUACGAAACUCGCUGCUAG